UUGGCGUACCGGGGCCUGACCGGUGGAGGGGAUGCAAUUGACGACGAUCCUCCUGGCGCAGAGGAGGACAAGCCUCGACGGUACACGCACGGCUGCCGUGCCGCUGGUUCAGAUGCCGGGGAUGCUUCUCGGGCCUUUGAUGUGCCUCCUCGAGCCCGCUUAGAUGCAGGGGCCUCCUUUGGUGUUCCAAAGCCCUCCGGUGAGGCUCGGGUUCGUUUUACGGGUGUCCUGAAUGCUGUUCGAGACGGAGUUCGAGUGGCUGGCGGUGUGGUCUCGUCAGCCGGUGACUCGUUAGAGUUGGUUAGGGGUUGUUUCGAUGUGGCCGGGGCCCGUUUCAAUUUGACUGAGGGCUGUUUCGAUUUGACCGGGGGCUGUUUGGAGGUGGCAGGUGACGGUGAGGUGCUGACCGGCUGCUUUGCGAUGGUGGUCGGUUUCGGUAUCGUCGGCGAGGCCUUCGGCUAUGACGAUGAAGCCGCCACUUCAGACGACUUCCGUUGGCCCUUAGACCUCUCGACGGUGAGAUCGAAAAAUUUCGGAGCAUCGGGGUAA